GCAUACUACGAGUACCGUCCACUGCACCCGUGUCCUGCUUUCCGAGCUCUUGCUUCAGAAAGUUUUUAAGAACUUACGAUUACAAUGGAGAUGUGUUCUUGGGAUCUUUUCGAAGGGAAAGGGCUGGACCUAAGCGAGUUGAUCGGUAAAUCGAACUGUUGUUAUUCACGGACAUUGCCUUCAUCCCCAUGCUCCCCGCCACAGCCUCAGCAGAGUCCACAAUCCCCGCAGUUCUCCUGGCCACCUGUAACCCCAUCACGCACCGUAUCAUCACCGCCACCUGUCCCAUCAUCUUCUUCACCUUCUCCGCAUGGCAUGCAUGGCAAAGAAUUCAUCUUCAGCUACAGCCCUGAUGACACUGCUCUCUCCACUUCUCAAGAAAGGAAGAAAUACCUAAACUCCUACUGCGUCUUUUGCAAGAACAAUAAAGAAACUCUGAGCUUCUACAGCUCCCAUGUUUUGAAGGACGAUGUAGGGAAGGUAAUCUGCCCUGUUCUUCGGGCUUACACGUGCCCCAUCUGCGGGGCCAAGGGUGACAAUGCCCAUACGAUCAAAUACUGCCCCAUGGAAUCGGACAAGUUUAGGAGCAGGACGACAUCAGUGUCAAGAUGGUCAGAUAGUUCCUCACCCUGAAGAAUCAAGAAUCCAAAGACCUUGAGAACGAUUAUACCACGGAGAUAUGCUGCUUCGAGUAAUUGACUGUACCCCCGGGGAUUACACAACGACUUCAGUUCGAG